AUGUUCAGUGGCUCCUCGAGCCCGCCCAAAGAUAAAUCAGACACUGUUGCUCGCUCCGGUGCCAUCAAUACCCCGUCGCUAAGUAUCCAGACCGAGGAUCCCAACGAAAUUCAGAAGAUAUCCUCCCCUCCAAGUAGCUUUUUUGCACGCAGAGCAAGUGAGGAACAGAGCCCUGGUGGCGACAAGAAGCGCCGAAGCAGCACCGUCUCGAAGGCGGCGACAUUCUUCGCGAACGCAAAGAACUCCUUGAGCCUCAAUAGCCCGCGAACAGACAGUUCCUUCAACUACACUAUCCAGGAGUCUCCCUCCAUCCACAAAUACGGAAAUAUGGACCCGGCGCUUAAUGUUCCACAAGGUUCAUUGAACAACUCUGCGGGCGAAUCUUUACCAACUCCUCGGUCAUCUUUCAGAGUCGGUGUUACAGAGGAUCGGAAUAAGAAAUGUCGCCGGACUAUGGAAGAUACACAUGCCUAUCUUUACAAUUUUCUUGGAAACCCUGUACCGUCCGCGCAGAUCGAGGAUCCUGAUCCAAGUUCUAACCCCGGAGAUACCUCGCCAAAGACCGGAGAGCCGGCCCCAGUCGUCGAAACGGACAAUGGAUAUUUUGCAAUUUUUGAUGGUCAUGCAGGUACUUUUGCUGCGCAAUGGUGUGGGAAAAAGUUGCAUUUGAUCCUGGAGGAUGUAAUGCGCAAGAAUCUGAAUGCGCCUGUUCCCGAACUUCUCGACCAGACAUUCACUGCUGUUGAUCAGCAGCUAGAAAAACUACCCGUGAAGAACAGCGGGUGCACUGCAGUCGUUUCACUGCUCAGAUGGGAGGAUAGAGUACCCACGUCACAUUCAGUAACCGGUUCGUCUGCUAUCGGACCCGCAGCAGCGGCAACUGCCAAGGGUGAAGCCAAUUCGGAAGCCGAUGAUACGCCCACGCAGGAAGCAGCUGCCACCCCGGUUGCCGCCGUGGCUCCUAAGCUACGAGAAAAGGCCAUUCGCCAGCGUGUGUUGUAUACCGCCAAUGUUGGCGAUGCUCGUGUUAUUUUAUGUAGAAACGGCAAAGCCCUUCGUCUGUCUUACGAUCACAAAGGCAGCGACGAGAACGAAGGGCGAAGAAUCGCGAAUGCGGGUGGCUUGAUUAUGAAUAACCGCGUCAACGGAGUUCUUGCUGUGACUAGAGCCCUGGGCGACGCAUAUAUUAAAGAUCUUGUUACUGGGCAUCCUUACACGACGGAGACUGUCAUCCAGCCAGACCUUGAUGAGUUCAUCAUUUUGGCUUGCGAUGGGCUCUGGGACGUGUGCAGUGACCAAGAAGCCGUCGAUUUGAUUCGCAAUGUGUCUGAUGCCCAGGAGGCAUCUAAGAUCUUGGUUGAUCAUGCCCUCGCGCGGUUCAGUACUGAUAACCUGUCCUGUAUGGUUAUUCGUCUCAACGCAGACCGCCACCGCGACGUUGCCAGCCGGACGCUUGACCCUACCUCUGUAGAGGACCAAAACGCCGCCGACCACAAGCGUGGUAUAAGCGAGGCCGAUAAGAUCGUCGAAGGUGCCAGAAAGAGCAUGGCUAGUACUGAGAUAACAGACGAGUCAGAAACACUCAAGAAGGUACAUGAAGAAGGGGAAGAGAAGCUAGAAAGGUUAUCGGGCGAGGAACCCGAAUCGCAAUUGUCUGUCUCGCCAAACGCCCCGGCGACAGUACUCAAUGAGACGAAGAAGUCCGAUGCCAGCGACAAUCAAUAA